AAAAAAAAAGUAAAAGCAAUGUAGCGGACGGACGUCGUUGCGACUUUUCUUUCCGUCAUGCAAUAAUUUUUGUCAUUCAUGAAUUCGUCGAUAAAAAAUAUUUUAGAUGGUGUCACAUAUGUGAACAUUAGUUGAAAUAUAGUUUUAAUAAUGUGUUAGUAUUUCGUGUCGCAUAGUUCAUCUACGUAGUUCUUUAAGAUAGGUGUGUGACAAGUAAAGUUCGGUAAUGGUAAUGGUGGCCAUGUCAUGAAAAUCCCCACAGCCAUGGAUGAUAGCUCCGUAUCUCAUCACAACGGAGGGCAAGUUGGAUCUCAAAUCGGAGUCAGUGUAAAUAACAAACAAAAUGACGAACCUAGCCAAAGUGUCCAGUAUUCAAUACCGGGCAUUUUGCACUUCAUCCAACACGAAUGGGCGAGAUUCGAGCUCGAGAGAUCACAAUGGGAGGUGGACAGAGCAGAAUUUGAGGCACGGAUUGCCUUCCUCCAAGGUGAGAGGAAGGGCCAAGAAAAUCUUAAAAAUGAUUUGGUGAGGCGGAUUAAGAUGCUGGAAUAUGCACUCAAGCAAGAGAGGGCGAAGUUUCAUAAGCUCAAGUAUGGGGUGGAGUUACAGCAGGGUGAUGUGCGUCCCCCUCCUGAGGAGCCCCCUGCAGAACCAGAGCCCGCUGAGAGAGCACAGUGGAAGCAAGGUCGUCAACUUAUUAAACAGUACCUGCAGGAAAUAGGUUACACAGAUACCAUACUGGAUGUUCGCUCAAACAGAGUCCGGGCUCUGCUUGGUCUGAACAAUGAGGAAGUAGAAAACCCAAACUACAGAAAUUAUGACAAACAGCAGCACGACAGAUGUGAUUACUCUAUGAACCACAUGGUUCGCAAAUAUGAUUAUGGAAAAGAGCCGCGUAAGAGUGGUGUUUCUGCCGGAGGCGGAUACAAUGAGGAGGGUCUCUCUGUGCAAGAGACAGCUGCCGUGUUCGCCAACUUCGAGUUCCUGACCAACCAGGAGAUGGAUAUGGACGAAAUAGAUGAUUUGGAUGCCAAACAGUCGCACCAUCCUCCUGGGAAACAAGGAGAGGAAGUCGAUCAUGAAGCUGAGGAAGUGUUGAAUGAGCUCAAUCUACUGACCGAAAGAGAGGCCGACGGUGGCGGUCAGGGAGACGAAUAUCCAGUUGGAAGUGGAUCGAGUGGUGGCAGCGCAGUGGCUGCGGGCGCGGUGGCGGGAGCGGGCGAGGCUGACGAGGAGCCCCUCGCUCUAGGGGAACUGGCUCAGCUCACUGUCAGCAACGAGCCCGAAGCUUACGACGUGGCUAGCGCUAACAAGGAAUCCUUCCGCAAAACUUGGAACGCCAAGUACACGUUGCGUUCGCACUUCGACGGAGUGCGUGCGCUGGCGUUCCACCCCACCGAGCCGGCGCUGGUGACGGCGUCCGAGGACCACACGCUGAAGCUGUGGAACCUGCAGCGCACGGUGCCGGCCAAGAAGUCCGCCGGCCUCGACGUCGAGCCGCUCUACACCUUCCGCGCGCACACCGCGCCCGUGCUCUGCCUCGCCAUGGGCGCGCCGCGCUCCGAGGAGUGCUUCUCCGGCGGCCUGGACGGAACCAUCCGCGUCUGGAAUCUCCCACCUCCCACUGCCGAUCCUUAUGAUCCCUACGAUCCUGCUGUUCAGGGCGCGGUGCUGCGCGACCACACGGACGCGGUGUGGUCGCUGUCGAGCGCGCACGGGCGGCUGCUGUCUGCGUCGGCGGACGGCACGGUGCGGCUGUGGGCGCCGCGCGCCGCGCGCCCGCUGCUCAGCACGCUGCGCGCCGACGAGUCGCCCACGGCGCCCGCCCCGGCCGCCGCGGACUUCGCUGACGCCGCCUCGCGCGCCGCCGUCGUCUACCGCGACGGCACGCUGCUGCUGUACGACCUCGAGACCGGACAGCCGGUGCUGCGCGUGGCGUGCGACAGCCCGGCGCACCGCGUGCGCUCGCACCCGACGCUGCCUCUGCUGGUGACGGCGCACGAGGACCGCCACAUCCGCUUCUGGGACGGCGUGUCGGGGCGGUGCGCGCAUACCAUGGUGGCGCACCUGGACGCCGUGACGGGGCUGGCGCUGGACCCCAACGGCCUGUUCCUGCUGUCGGGCAGCCACGACUGCUCCGUGCGCCUGUGGAACCUGGAUACGAAGACGUGCGUGCAGGAGAUCACGGCGCACCGCAAGAAGUUCGACGAGAGCAUCCUGGACGUGGCGUUCCACCCGCUGCGGCCCUAUAUCGCCAGUGCGGGCGCCGACGGGUUGGCCAAGGUGUUCGUCUGAGCGACGCUCGCUCCGCAUAUAUAUAUAGUAUAUAUUACAUGUAAUUUUACUUUCGAUACGAACUUUAUGUAACGCAGUAGCGAGUCGCGUCAUCGCUCGUAGACGAGCGACCGGUACUCUUGGAUUAUGUGUCUAGUCCCUUCGGUACGGUUACGAGUAGCGACGUAUCUGCGAUUCGACGACGCCGUGUGUACGGACGGAGCCGCCGGUUCGUUUUAUCGUAUUUAAUAUUAUAACGUAAUGGACGCGCGCUCGACGCUCGUUAUAAGCGCGUAGUGAACACUCAUCUAUGUAUAGACAUUUGAAAUUUAUUAUAAUAUAUUUUUAGACUUUCAGUAUGUGGAUUUUAGGUUUUUAUCGCGACUUUUUCACCGAUUUUACUAUACGCAGUGAGAAUAUUGUUCGUUUCUAUGCAUCUGUAAGCGAGACCUUAUAAUAAAAAGUAUCAUAAUAUGGACACCGACAAUGUUUCCUUGAUAUGUUCAUUAUGUUUACGUGUCUGUACAGUUAGAAUGUUACGCAGUAUUUGCUAAUAUUAUGCAAAGAACGAAUGGUGUUUCUUAGCUAGAUUAUUUUUAUUUAAAUCGAUUGGAUUCUAUAGAUAAUAUUUUCUUUUGUUUUGUGACAUGUAAUACAUUAACAUGCUCUCAUGAUAUCUUAUGCAAAUGAAGAGCAAUCGAACAAAAAUAAUGGUUGAGUAGAGUACUAUAUCGAAAAUAACAUAAGUAAUGUUUGUUCGUAACGAGUACUGCGAUGUAGAGUAUAUAUUAUGAAACAUUACAUAUUCCUUUAUUUUCCUCGAAUUCAUACUUGUACACAUACAUCCAAAAAUUGAUAGUAAAAAGCAACAUAACCGAUUUGCAUGUUGUUUUUUUAUAUUUUGUUGUUUUUUUCCUUCCUUCACCCCCUACUUUAAUAAUUUAGUAAGUAAGAUUUUAUUGACUGAAUAACUUUACCAUGCAAGAAAUAAUAGUUUGAGAAAUGGAUUUUCCUUAUCUCACAAUACUCAAUUCAUACUAUAAAACUCAUUUGUUGCAUUAUGUACAUUAUUCAAUUUAUAACAAUUCAUUAAAGUCGGUUCAUUGG